AUUAAAAUGUCUUCUCAAGAUAUUCCUUCAGGUGUUCAAACACCUUCAAAUGCUUCCUUUUUAGAAAAGGAUGAAGAUAAGAUUGAAGAAGUACCCCAAAACCAUGAUGCAACCUUGGUAGCCUUGGAGUCCAAGGGUAUUUCUGAAUAUCUUUUGAUUUGUUUCUUCUGUUUGUUAGUUGCUUUUGGUGGUUUUGUCUUUGGUUUCGACACUGGUACCAUUUCUGGAUUUGUUAACAUGUCUGACUUCUUGGAAAGGUUUGGUCAAACCAGAGCUGACGGCACUCACUACUUGUCCAAUGUCAGAGUUGGUUUGCUUGUGUCUAUCUUCAAUAUUGGCUGUGCUAUUGGUGGUAUUUUCUUGUCCAAGAUUGGUGACGUCUACGGUAGAAGAGUCGGUAUUAUGGCUUCCAUGGUUAUCUACGUUGUUGGUAUCAUCGUCCAAAUUGCUUCUCAACACGCUUGGUACCAAGUUAUGAUUGGUCGUGCCAUUACUGGUUUGGCUGUUGGUACCGUUUCUGUAUUGUCUCCAUUGUUCAUUGGUGAAAGUUCUCCAAAGCACUUAAGAGGUACCUUGGUUUACUGUUUCCAAUUGUGCAUUACUUUGGGUAUCUUCAUUGGUUACUGUGUCACCUACGGUACUAAAAGAUUAUCCGACUCUAGACAGUGGAGAGUGCCAUUAGGCUUGUGCUUCCUCUGGGCUAUUUUCUUGGUUGUUGGUAUGUUGGCCAUGCCAGAAUCUCCAAGAUACUUGGUUGAAAAGAAGAGAAUCGAAGAUGCCAAGAAGUCUGUCGCUAGAUCCAACAAAUUAUCCCCAGAAGACCCAAGUGUCUACACUGAAAUCCAAUUGAUUCAAGCUGGUAUUGACAGAGAGGCUAUUGCUGGAUCCGCUUCCUGGACUGAAUUGAUUACCGGUAAGCCUGCCAUUUUCAGAAGAGUUGUUAUGGGUAUCAUCAUGCAAUCCUUACAACAAUUGACUGGUGUCAACUACUUUUUCUACUACGGAACUACCAUUUUCCAAGCUGUCGGAUUGAAGGACUCUUUCCAAACCUCUAUUAUCUUGGGUGUUGUCAACUUUGCUGCUACCUUCAUUGGUAUCUGGGCCAUUGAAAGAUUUGGUAGAAGAUCUUGUUUGUUAGUUGGUUCUGCUGGUAUGUUUGUUUGUUUCAUCAUUUACUCUACCAUUGGAAGUUUCCACUUGUACAAGGAUGGUGAAUACAACAACGACAACACCUAUAAACCAUCCGGUAACGCUUUGAUCUUCAUUACCUGUUUGUUCAUUGUUUUCUUUGCCUCCACUUGGGCCGGUGGUGUCUACACCAUCAUCUCUGAAAGUUACCCAUUGAGAAUCAGAUCCAAGGCUAUGGCCAUUGCCACUGCUGCUAACUGGGUUUUCGGUUUCUUGAUCUCAUUUUUCACUCCAUUCAUUGUUAGUGCCAUUCAUUUCAAGUUCGGUUACGUUUUCAGUGGAUGUUUAUUAUUCUCCUUCUUCUACGUCUACUUCUUCGUUGUUGAAACCAAGGGUUUGUCCUUGGAAGACGUAGACGAAUUGUACGCUUCCAACGUGGUUCCAUGGAAAUCCAGCAAGUGGGUUCCACCAUCGACUGCUGCCAUGGCUACCGAAGCUGGUUACGCUGCUGAUGAAAAGCCUGUUGACGAACAUGUUUAAAUCCCUAAUGUCUUAUGCAUAGCAUUCUCACGAUAAAAAAGUUAUAGAUAGUUUCCCUUAAUGUUUCAUAGACCUAAUGUUAUAAAAGAUUG